GCUAAGCAUCCCUAGUUAUGGCUGCGCCACCACUUCAUCCACACGCCAACGCCAAGCCUUCAAUCUUCAUCAUCAUCUCCCUCCGGCACAUUAGCUAAAGCAACUUCUCUCUCUCUCUCAUAUUUUCAAGAAUUCUUUUUUCAAAUUUCCCAUGAAUCUGUCCCUAUCCGCAUCUUCCUCCUCUCUAUAUAGUUCUCUCCACUCCGCCUCACAUUGUCUUGCACCUCUCGUUUCUAUGUCCACAAAUCUUGUGGGGUCACCGUUCCUACUCCAUCCACCCAUUUCCAUGCCAUUCAAGAACUCCACUCUCACCAUGGCUGCAACUUGCGUACACACUUCAAGAACAGAAACCACCUCUUCUCAAACCAACCCAAAGAUCGAUGAUCAUGUGUUCGGUAGUUAUGUCAGGUUUUGUAGACCCGACUUACCUGAUCAUGUUUCUUGCCUGCCCAUUACAGAGAAAAAGUCCAAGCCCGUCAGCGUAGUAAACAGCCCUGAUGAGAAGGGUGAUGAUUUAUGGCUGCGGAUGAAGGAUGAGGCCAGGUCAGAUGUUGAGCAGGAACCUAUAUUAUCGAAUUAUUAUUUUAGUUCAAUCUUGUCCCAUGACUCCAUGGAGAGUGCUCUAGCCAAUUAUCUUUCUUUGAAAUUGAGCAAUUCUACCCUUCCUACUGGAACCCUUUACGAUCUUUUCUUGGGAGUUCUCGUGGAGGAUAAAGAGAUUAUGCUGGCAGUGAAUGAUGAUUUGAGGGCUGCGAAGGAGAGGGACCCUGCUUGUAUUAGCUAUGUGCACUGUUUCUUGAAUUUUAAAGGAUUCUUGGCCUGUCAGGCUCAUAGGAUAGCACAUAAUUUCUGGUCUAAUGGUAGGAGAAUCUUGGCCCUUUUGAUACAGAAUAGGGUCUCUGAGGUUUUCGCAGUGGAUAUUCAUCCAGGGGCGAAAAUCGGGAGAGGGAUUAUGCUUGAUCACGCCACAGGGCUUGUGAUUGGAGAAACUGCAGUAAUUGGGAAUAAUGUGUCAAUUUUGCACAAUGUGACAUUAGGCGGCACUGGUAAGGACUCGGGUGAUCGCCACCCAAAGAUUGGUGAUGGAGUCUUGAUUGGAGCAGGAACUUGCGUUUUGGGCAAUGUUAGGAUUGAAGAUGGGGCUAAGAUUGGUGCAGGGUCCGUGGUGCUAAAACCGGUUCCUGCUAGAACUACUGCUGUGGGGAAUCCUGCUAAAUUGAUUGGAGGGAAGGAGAAUCCGGUUAAGCUGGAUAAGAUGCCUAGCUUGACAAUGGACCAAACAUCACAUAUAUCUGAGUGGUCAGAUUAUGUCAUUUAGAUUCAUAACUCUUAAUUUGUGUUCCUAUCUAGUGUUGAACCUUGAGGGCAUUGUCCAUGCUUUUAAGAGAGAACCCUACAAGGUUUCCUAUUAGCAUAGAUGGAUCAUCGUUGCAAUGUUAUGAUCUUGUGACGAAUAAGCUUAAUUCGGGCUUCAUAGUUUUGUAAUAUUUGUAGAAGUUAUGUCUGUCCCCAGACUAAAUUUUACAAUUUUUAAUGUCAGUUAUGCUUAUUGUCACUGUUGAGGAUUCAUAUUGAUAGUGAUCCUUUUAUUUUGUUAUGGAGCCAGCAGGUGUUUCCUGAUCUGGCAGACCUUGUCAACUAUGUUACUUCAAUCUUGACAACUGCAGUGAUCUUUUAAUUUCAGCUUGUAACAAA